AUGUCUUUUUCCGAUUACAUCGUGUCUCGUUCUCUUUAUAUAUGGCUUUUUUUUUUCCUCAACUUCUUAGUAUUACUUGGAAAGUCUCAAAAGGCAGAUAUUCAAGUCAAAGUGGGAGUCGUUCUUGACACAAAUUCACCAUUAGCAGGUUUGAGCUUGCGAGCUAUCAACAUGUCCCUGUCGGAAUUCUACAACACUCAUAAUGGCUUCAAGACCAGGAUCGUCCUCAACAUUCGAGGCUCCAAAGGAACUGUCGUUGGUGCUGCAGCUUCAGCUUUAUACUUGAUAAAUAAGAGGAAAGUGGUGGCCAUUAUUGGGCCGGGGACUUCAAUGCAAGCUCCAUUUUUAAUCAACCUCGGAAACCAAUCUCAAGUUCCGAUCGUUUCAUUCUCUGCAACAAGCCCCCUUCUUGAUUCCCUCCGAAGCCCAUAUUUCAUCAGGGCCACACAUGACGAUUCGGCUCAAGUUCACGCUAUUAGCGCCAUCGUAGAAUCAUUUAGAUGGAGAGAAGUUGUAACUAUUUACGUGGACAAUGAGUUUGGAGAAGGCAUUCUUCCUUACCUAGUCGAUGCUUUUCAAGAGAUUAACGUUCGUAUCCGACACCGAAGCGCUAUAUCAUCACAUUUCACCGAUGAUCAAAUCAAGAAAGAGCUUUACAGACUAAUGACCAUGCCCACUAGGGUUUUUAUCGUGCACAUGUUGCCUGAUCCCGGAUCAAGGCUUUUUAAGAUAGCGCGGGAGAUUGGUAUGCUAAAUAAGGGAUAUGCAUGGAUUGUUACAAAUGGUAUAGUUGAUCUCAUGAGUUCAAUGGAAGGAUCAGGCUUGGAGGAUAUGCAUGGUGUCUUGGGUGUCAAGACAUAUUUCUCUAGGUCAAAAGAGCUAGCUUAUCUUGAAGCUCGUUGGCGAAAAAGAUUUGAAGGAGAAGAGCUACACAAUUUUGGAUAUUGGGCUUAUGAUACUGCCACAGCACUUGCAAUAUCUGUUGAAGAAAUAAGUAACGUAAACAUGAGUUUCAAUACAACCAAAAACAUUUCGAGAGGUGAUAUUGGGACGGAUCUUGAUGAUCUUGGCCUCGCUCUCUCUGGUCCUAAGCUUCUCCAAGCAUUAUCAAAGGUCAGUUUUAAAGGCGUUUCCGGGAGAUUUCAGCUAAAGAACGGGAAGGUAGAGGCAACAACUUUCAAGAUAGUCAAUAUGGAGGAAAGUGGGGAACGAACAGUUGGAUUUUGGAAGUCAAAAGUUGGACUAGUGAAGAGAUUAGGAGAGAACAGCUCGAGUCGACUUAGACCUAUAAUAUGGCCUGGGGACACUACUCUUGUGCCUAAAGGUUGGGAGAUUCCAAUAAACGGAAAGAAGCUGCGGAUAGCAGUUCCAAAAAAAGAUGGUUUCACCAAUUUUGUGAAGGUAGUAAAGGAUGCAAACACUAAUGCUCUAACCGUUACUGGGUUUUGCAUAGAUGUUUUCGACGCGGUAAUGAGACAAAUGCCAUAUGCUGUCGCUUACGAGUAUGUCUCCUUUGAAACUCCUGAUGGAAAACCUGAUGGAGAUUACACUAAAAUGGUUCACAAAGUGUUUCUUGGGGAGUUUGAUGGAGCUGUAGGGGAUACAACAAUCUUGGCUAAUCGGUCCCAUUAUGUUGAUUUCGCAUUGCCAUACUCAGAGACGGGUGUUGUAUUCGUGGUGCCGGUCGAGGAUAAGAGAGAGAAAGGAGAAUGGGUCUUCUUAAAGCCUUUAACAAAGGAGCUCUGGUUUAUCAUUGCUGCUGCGUUUAUCUACAUUGGGAUCAUGGUUUGGAUUUUUGAGUAUAUAGCAGAUAAAAAUUUCAGGACCCAGAAGAAAAUUGAAAAAUUUUCUAACGUGUUCUACUUCUCAUUUUCUACCCUAUUUUUCGCACACAAGAAGCCAUCAACGAGCAUUUACACAAGAGCUCUUAUUGUCAUAUGGUGUUUUGUGGUGCUGAUAUUGACUCAGAGCUACACGGCCACACUCACAUCGAUGCUCACGGUUCAAGAGCUUCGACCAACCGUGAGACACAUGGAUGAUCUAAAAAAGAGCCAAGUGAAUAUCGGAUAUCAAAGGGGUUCGUUUACAUUCGAAAAGCUAAAACAAGAAGGCUUCAAAGAAUCUAGGUUAAAGAUUUAUAAUUCUCCUGAAGAAAUGCGUGAGUUGUUCCUCAAAAAGAGCAGCAACGGUGGUAUUGAUGCUGCGUUCGAUGAAGUUCCAUACGUAAGACUUUUUAUGGCAAAAUAUUGCAAAAAGUAUACCAUGAUCGAGCCUACUUUUAAGGCAGAUGGCUUUGGCUUUGCUUUUCCAUUGGGAUCUCCGUUGGUACCAGAUAUUUCAAGACAGAUCUUGAACUUAACAGAGGGAGAGAACAUGAGAGCUAUUGAGAGCAAGUGGUUCGUUGAAGAAAAAUAUUGUCAGGACCGGAACACAACUGAUACUCCAAUCCAGCUUAAUCGAGACAGCUUUCAAGCUCUAUUUAUGAUCGUCUUUGGUAUCUCUUUGCUUCUACUCUUUAUCAUGCUGUCUUGUAGAAGAUACCGAGAGGGCCGAGGAAACAUGAACGGUGCUCCACAUGAUAAUCCAGGCGAUGGGCCUGAUGACCAUAUGCUUCUAUUCUUGCUCAUGUUGGCUUUUAGAAGAUACCAGCAGAGACGAGGCAACAUAAUCGUAGCUCAACCCAAUCCUCCAGACGAUGGGCCUGACGGUCAAGACAACGCACGAGAUACUCAAAACCGUGAUUUUAAUGAAGGUGGAGAGGAAGCCAGUGAAGAAGGUAAUGAUGAAACAGAUGAUAUUGAGCAUCAUAUUUUGGAAGUACGUGAAGGAGGUAGUGUUAGAGAUGGAGAUCAUGAAACAAAUGAUAUUGGGAAAGUCAGUGAAGUACCUAUGGUGCAACUACAAAGGCAAAAGUCACAAUCAGGCUUAGUUCACCGUCGCAGCAAGAAACUCAGCUCAAAGACUAUGCCCUUAAGAAAGGGACUCCCACCUUUAAGGAUGCAUUUGGCAUAGUUUAAAGAGGUCUUCAAUCCAAGUCUCGGUGUGACUUCAGUUUGAGUUUUUCCGAUUUUAUAAAAGUUUGUAUUGUUCAUAUACUAUUGGUUGGAAUUUUCAAUAAAUGUAUAACUAAGUCACAAAUGGCCAUUAGUUUUUUUUUCAAAUUUUUGUAUAUUU